UGGAAAAAUAAAAUUAAAAAAAAAAAAAAAAAACAAAGAGAACCAAUUUUUUUUUUUUUUCUUCUCUUCUUCAUCAUCUUCACAGUAUCAUCAGUCUCGCGCCGCUUAGUCUUCCAUCUCUUCGUCUCCGUUCGAUUCUCCAGGUUCGUUUCUUUCCUUCUUCAGAUUUUAACCAUAUCCUCGAGUCCUCGUCUGAUUUUGUUCCGUUUCCGUAACUCGAUUUUGAAAACCCUUGUUUUGCGAUUUUGAGGGUUUUUGUUUCGCAGGUGUCAAAAAAAGAGAGUGAAUCGAUGGCUGGAAAAAGGAAAAGAGCUGAUUCACCAGACAAAAAGGAGCGAAGAUGGAGUGCUAGGGUUCAACAGCUGAGACAAAAAGCUUUUGAUGAGAAGGAGCGCUUAAUGCACGAGAGGGUUAAACUCCUCAACGACAAAAAGAGUGAACUCUGUGUCGUCGAUGACUCUAAGUUACAUGAGAAAGAAGACGAAACUGUCAACGACGGGAGCCCCAAACAAAGCACCACCUCUCCGAAGAAGCUAACUGCGUUGCAGAAAGGAAAGCAGUUGAUUGCUUAUUCUCCAAAUGGCAAGGACGUGGACGAAGACACGGACGCUCACCUCAAAGUGACCAAGUGUCUUAGGUUUUUUAACAAACAUUAUCUUCUUAGUGUCCAGGCUAAGAUGACCAGACCUGAUUUGAAGGGAGUUACUGAGAUGAUACAAUCCAAGGCAAUAUUGUACCCAAGAAAGAGGUUUGGUCACCUUCCAGGUAUUGCCGUUGGACAUCGGUUUUUUUCAAGAGCUGAAAUGUGUGCUGUAGGCUUCCAUAACCAUUGGCUAAAUGGCAUCGAUUACAUGGGAGUUGAAUACAAAAAAGAGUAUCGUCAAUAUGAACUUCCGCUUGCUGUUUCUAUCAUUAUGUCGGGCCAGUACGAGGAUGAUCUAGACAAUGCAGAUACGGUGACUUACACUGGCCAGGGAGGCAAUAAUUUAACUGGUAAUAAACGCCAGGUUAGGGAUCAAGUGCUAGAACGAGGGAAUUUGGCUCUAAAGAACUGCUGCGAAUACCACGUGCCUGUCAGAGUAACUCGUGGUCACGCUUGCACAACUAGCUAUUCCAAAAAAGUAUACACUUAUGAUGGAUUGUAUGAGGUUGUGAAGUACUGGGCACAAAAGGGCGUUUCUGGAUUUACGGUGUAUAAGUACCAACUGAAACGAUUGAAGGGGCAACCAGAACUAACUACUGAUCAGGUUAACUUCGUUUGUGGACGCAUACCAAAGUCUACUUCAGAUAUUGAGGGCUUGGCAUGCGAGGACAUCUCUAAAGGGCUAGAAUUUAAGCCCAUUCCAGCCACUAAUCGUGUUGAUGAUCAACCAGAUCCACCAUCAGGUUUCACAUACAUCAAAUCUUUGAUGAUUGAACCCAAUGUCAAAAUUCCGAAGAGUUCAACUGGGUGUAACUGCCAAGGCAGCUGCACUGACUCCAAGAAAUGUGCAUGUGCUAAGCUUAAUGGAGGAAACUUUCCAUAUGUUGCCCUUAAUGAUGGCAGAUUAAUUGAGCCUCGAGAUGUUGUAUUCGAAUGUGGUCCACACUGUGGGUGUGGACCUGAAUGUGUCAAUCGAACCUCUCAAAAGCGACUAAGAUUUAAUCUUGAGGUUUUCCGCUCGGCAAAGAAGGGUUGGGCAGUUAGAUCAUGGGAUUACAUACCCGCUGGGUCACCUGUAUGUGAGUACAUAGGAGUUCUCAGGAGAACUGCUGAUGUGGAUACUAUUUCUGACAACGACUACAUAUUUGAGAUUGACUGCCAACAGACUAUGCAAGGUCUUGAUGGAAGACAGAGAAGACUAAGGGAUGUUGCUGUGCCAACGAAUGAUGGAGUCAGCCAGAGCAGUGAAGAUGAGAAUGUGCCAGAGUUCUGCAUUGAUGCUGGUCCAAAAGGGAACGUUGCUAGGUUUAUAAAUCACAGUUGUGAGCCAAACCUAUUUGUUCAGUGCGUCCUGAGUUCUCACCAGGAUCUUAGGCUUGCCCGAGUGGUUCUUUUUGCAGCUGACAAUAUUCCCCCACUGCAGGAGCUGACUUACGACUAUGGAUAUACUCUUGAUAGCGUUCAUGGGCCGGAUGGGAAUGUGAAGAAGCUCACUUGCUACUGUGGAGCGCUAAAUUGUAGAAAACGCCUUUACUAAGAAGGCUAUUGAUAACCUAAUUUUUUGGUCUCUCUAUUUUGGGGAGUACAUAGAUAGCAACUAUCUCCCAAGUGGAAGAACCCUUAUCAUCUUAUUUGCGGGUCUUUAGCAGCGUACAAUUAGUGCUGCCUUUUUGGGGCAUUGUUAGUGUCCUGAAAGCCUAUUUGGGGCAUUGUUAGUGUCCUGAACCCUUUUAAUGCCAGUGGCAUCUUAUUUAUCGGGUCAACAAUAUUAUAUAUCUAACUAGUUGAGUUUUUCUCAGUACUUCAUUUUCUUA